UUGUCUCAAUUUCAACACCUUUCAGAACAACAUUUGACUAGCUGCUGUUUUUAUCUUUUGACAUUUGACACCAAAACCAUUGUAUUUGAACGUGGGUUCAACAUUUUUUUUUAAAACAAACGUGAAGGAGAUUUAUAGUACAAAUAUUGAAGAGAAUGUAUGCCAGACCGGCUGGACUAUCUGACGAUGAUUCUGGCGACGAGGGUUUCUCCUUUUACGACGACGUCCAAAUCCAGCAACCUACAACAGGAUAUACUCAAGCCCCGAUCAGCAUAGACACAGGCGAAGAGGAUCAAACAUACAAAUCAUGUGUUGAGGAAGAACAAGACCUCCACUUUCAAGUAAUGCAUGCUUGUAUGAGCGGGCAACGUGAUAUUGUAGAAAAUUACAUUGCAUUAGGUCACAAUGCAGAUGAUUUUUUGCACAGUGGAUGGACACCGCUGUUGUAUGCUGCAUCAUCGGUUCAAUCAGAGUUGAUAGAAUUUCUCCUAGGUGCAGGAGCAGAUCCGAAUAAACACAAAGAUGGAUUCACACCUCUAAUGGCAUUGUGCAACUCAAACUCGGGCACACCAGCAAAAAGUUUGACUUGCCUGCAACUGUUGAUCACAGCUAAGGCGGAUCCAAACGCAAUUGAUAGACACAAUGAGACUACUUUGAUGCUUGCCUGCAAAAGAAAUAAACCCGAACUGGUCGCAGAGCUUCUAAAAUACGUCGACAACAUUAAUUUCACAAACAGUGAAGGCAGAUCAGCACUGUUCUAUGCAGUAAUAGCAAACUGCGCAGACACGUUGAAAAUUCUUUUGGAAAAUGGUGCUGAAGUCACUAUUGAAGACAGACGUGGAUACACUGCAAAGAGGAUAGCAAUCACCAAGGGAUACCAUAACAUAGCUGCAUUAUUUAGCCCAGAAAAUCAAGAACCUAUGGAAGAACUCCAAGUAUCCGAAAAAAUACAGCAUCACAGUUGGCGUGACCUGUUCCCAACGCUUUGUAGAAAACAAGAUAAAUCCGUCAACUUUGAUGUGUCUACUAUUUUGUAUGGAAUGGGUAUGGAACGGUACAAAUCUCUGUUUAAAGGGCUUGAUCUGAAAGCAUUUCUAAAAUUGACCGAGGAUGAUCUUAUCAGACUGGGAAUUGAUAUGCCCUUUCAAAGGAAGCAAUUCCUUGAAGGGCUACACAAAUUUCACAUAAAAAGUUGGAGCCCGCAUAGCAUUGGCACUAUAAGAAAACACCUGCCAUACACAAUUUACGAGGGAGUAAUAUCUCUGGGGAAUGCAGCGAAGCAAAUAGGUGUGAUCAGUUCCAGUAUUACAUUCAUCAAAAACAGUUUAAUCGGAGGCAGAGAAAAAAAUCUUCAACUUUCAGAUACCGAGAAAAUAAAGUACAGUGGGGAGUUGAAAAAAACUGAAGAGUCUUUAAUCAUGCUUGAAAAAGAGCUCAAACGUAUGAGCACUUUCGCCAAGAAGCUCAAUAAAGGUAUCAAUCUCGAUCCUCCUGCCGACUACAUUGGGCCGAAUAGAAAAAAGUCCAAUUGGACCAUAAUCUUGAGCGUCACAAUGAUAAUAGGAAUCUACCUCUCAAGAACUGUAUACGUUCAAAGGAUAUUGAACGAGUAGUUUUCAUAUUUAUGGGUGCUAUAACAUAACGAUGUUACGGAUCUACAGAUUACAAGAUAUACUUUUAUAUUUGUUUUUAAGAUGCAGUUUCGUUACCAAUAGUUAGUCUGACUUAUUUUUUAACAAUUACGUAGGUCUGCUUGUGCCAUUCCACCAACAUUGUAUCUGACUUUCAUUGUAGUAUAUUUCUUAUUUUUUCAUUUAUAGUUAAAUUUGAUCGAGUUAACAAAAUACUCGAUUGUAUUUAAAUCUUGUUCCUUUAAGAAUAAAAUGUUCCUAUUUUUUUCCAAAGAA